CGCUGCGCAUGCGCCGUGGUCCAGAGGCUGGACGUCUGCUUUGUCGGGACCAUCGAUGCUGCGACUUUCAGCGAGUCAGCGGCUAAUUUCCUAAACAUUACGAAGGCUGAUCUCGCUCUUCGGUGGUUAUUAGACGCCGUGGGGUUCCUUUGAAAGCCGCAGUUCGCUCUCAUUUGUCGGUUCGGACGCUUCAGACGACACAAGUCCAGAGCUGCUGUAUAUAAACAAAACGAGCUGCUUUUUAAGGUGGCACGUCAGGAGGAGGUGGAGCAGCUGGAACAACAACAACAGUCUUCUCCUGAUAAGUUAGCUAACUUCUUGUUAGCCGUACUGACGGACAUGGAAGUUGUCGUGCGACUUUGUUAGGAGCCGGACUCCAAAAACGUCGUCGAACAUGAGAGAGCAGGACGGUUUGUUGUCAGGAAGGCAGUCCGUGGACAGCGAGAGACGGGGCGAACAUCCCUGCAGCUGCCAGUCCUGGUCGGAGGAGAGGGGAGCCGCUAGCCAGAAGGACCCGAGGCCUCCCGGUCGUCUGUCCCGUUCUUAGUGGGGAUCAAGUCGGACGUUUGGCUCAGGAUGGAGACGGUGGGCAAAUUCGAGUUCAGUCGGAAGGACCUGAUAGGACAUGGCGCAUUUGCUGUCGUCUUUAAAGGCAGACACAGAGAGAAACAUGACUGGGAGGUGGCAGUAAAAUGCAUAAACAAGAAGAACUUGGCUAAAUCUCAGACACUACUGGGGAAAGAGAUCAAAAUACUGAAGGAACUCAAGCAUGAGAACAUUGUUGCGUUACUGGACUUUCAGGAAACUGCCAGCUCAGUGUACCUGGUAAUGGAGUACUGCAACGGUGGCGAUCUCGCUGACUACUUACACUCCAAAGGCACACUGAGCGAGGACACUAUUCGGGUUUUCCUGCAGCAGAUUGCAGGCGCUAUGAGGGUCCUACAGGCCAAAGGAAUAAUUCACCGGGACCUCAAACCCCAGAACAUUCUGCUGUCCUACCCGCCAGGACGCAAGUCGCACUCUAACAACACUUGCAUCAAGAUUGCGGACUUUGGCUUUGCCAGGUACCUUCAGAACAACAUGAUGGCGGCAACACUCUGCGGGUCUCCUAUGUACAUGGCUCCUGAAGUAAUCAUGUCCCAGAACUAUGAUGCCAAGGCUGACUUGUGGAGCAUAGGAACCAUAGUGUUCCAGUGUUUGACUGGGAAGGCUCCUUUUCAGGCCAGCAGUCCCCAGGACCUCCGGCUGUUCUAUGAGAAAAACAAGAAUCUCAGCCCCAACAUCCCCAGAGAGACUUCCAGCCAUCUGAGGAACCUGCUGCUGGGUUUGCUUCAGCGCAACCACAAGGACCGCAUGGACUUUGAUGAGUUUUUUAGUCAUCCUUUCCUGGAGGCGAGCUCAUCCAUGAAAAAGACGACUCCUACUGUGACCAUGACCUGUUUGCCCAGCUCUGCAUCAGCCAGCUCUUGUAGCAGCUCUUCCACCUCCCACCUCGCCUCGCCACCGCAGUCUCUUGCUGAGACUCAGCAUUUGCGUGCCAAAGCUCUGGCCUCCCCGACCCAGGAGGCCGCCGGUUACCUCCUCAAGGACUCGUCCGGAGGUGGCGGCAGCAGCAAGAACUCCUCCUCCUGUGACACGGACGACUUUGUUAUGGUGCCUGCUCACUUCACCACGGGUGAGCUGACAUGUGAGAGUAAAGUGCUGCAGGACAGCCUGAUGAACAGCGGCUCUCUGCUGGCUUCUGCUGGUCUGUGUAGUCAAGCCAAAACGCCGCCGCAGUCACCGACCUACAGCGGAUCUCCCAGUCCUGUCAGACCCGGCGAGUUCUCGGGAAGUAACUGUGGCGGUAGCUAUGGAAACCACGGCCAGUCAUUGCCUAUCCCAGUCCCCUCUCAGGUCCAGAACUACCAGCGCAUGGAGCAGAACCUCCACUCCACCAAACAGGACGGCUCACCACAGCCGUCGACACCAGUGCGCCGCUGCAGCAGUGGAAGCUUGCUGGGCUUCGCUAGAACCGGACCCUCGCCGCCAUACGGGCAGGGAGCGGGCACCACCAACCGCAGACUCUCCCUGGGAGGCGCCAGACCAUUCCAGCUCUCUCCUCAAGCUCCGCAGCACGCCGAGCCCAGACUCGUUUCACAGCAGCACCCGCAGGCGGCGGGCCUCGGCACGCGGCUCCACAGCGCCCCCUGUCUGCUGGAGUGUGCUAGUGGCGGCGGCAGGCAGAAAAUCAGGAAGCAGCACUCGGACCCAGUAGCCGCCCCCUCCACAGGACUGAUGGCUGUCCGACCUCUACACUCCUCCCCCAGACUGAGUGAGCUGAUGCAGCGUAACCCCCUUCCCACAAUCCUCGGCUCCCCCUCCAGGACCAUCCCUCCAUUUGAAUUCCCCAAACCCCCCAGCAGCUCUCCCAACCUCAUGACCUUCCUGACACAGAAGGGUUUGGUCCUCGGCUCGCCUUGCAGAACCGCUCCAGGAGAGCUCAGAGAUCUGGGACAUCAAGCCCCCGCACCAGUCAGCCAUCCCGCCCAGUGCAUCCAUAGAUUGAACGAUGAUACCAAAGGCUUCGGAAGGUCUCAGAGUGCCGGUCGUCUGUCUGACAUGCUGCUGAUGGCCGCGUUCGGUCCGGGUCGACCCGUGAGCGACCGAGGCAGCAACGAGAACCUGACCUCGGAAAAAGCCAUAGACAUAACAGGGCCCCCCAGUGGUGGGGGAGGAUUUGCACCCGGCUCCAGCAGCCCAGCACAGGUGGUGUUCACUGUGGGCUCUCCACCCAGCGGCAACACCCCCCCUCAUACCUCCAGACAGAGGAAAUACUCAGGCUCGUUCACUUCAGUCAGUCCUGCAGGCUCCUUCACCAGCCGCUACCCCCAGACAGGCACCUAUCUGGAUGGCUUUGAGGCUCCUUCCAGCCCUCGUUACAGCUUCACUGAUCCCAUCACAGCCAACAUGGGCGGUCCUGUAACCUUUGAGGCUCCCGAGCUGCCUGAGGAGACGCUGAUGGAGCAGGAGCAUACGGACACCGUGCAGAGCCUGCGUUUCACGUUGGAUUUCGCCCGCUGUCUGAUGGAGGUGGCUGGAGCUCGCGGUGCUGUGAUCGCAGGAGAGCAGGGGGACGUUUCUCACGCCUCCCUCCUUCAGCAGCACAGCCUGGUGGCAGAUCAGAUCAGCUCACUGAGCCGAGAGUGGAGCCAUGCAGAACAGCUGGUUCUCUACCUAAAGACUGCAGAACUCCUGUCCACAGCCUUACACACAGCCAUGGAGAGAGUCAAACAGGGCAAACUCUACCCGUCUGCUACCGUCAAACAAGUGGUGAAAAGGCUGAAUGAGCUGUACAAGUCCAGCGUGGCGUCCUGUCGCGCCCUCAACACCCGUCUGGAGCAUUUCUUCACCAGGAAACACCGUCUGAUGGACCAGAUCACCUCCAUCACUGCUGAACGGCUGCUCUUCAGCCACACUGUUCAGAUGGUUCAGGCUGCUGCGUUGGACGAGAUGUUCCACCAGGGGGAAGCAUCGAUCCUGCGCUACCACAAAGCUCUGCUGCUCAUGGAGGGUUUGUCUCUGCUGCUCACUGAACAGGACGACAUCCUCAGCGUUAGCAAAUGUAAGGAGUGCAUCGAGCGCCGCCUCACAGCUUUGCAGUCAGGGCUCUGUGUUUGACCGUCCUGCACUUCCUCUCAGAGUGUGGAUAUGAUGUCAGUCAUUUGCACUCAGCGCAUCACUAAUGAACCAAACCGACACCUCCGUCUCGUGGUUGUCACUUAGAAAUGCUUUAGAUUCACUGGAACUCCGGGGAUGAGCUGUGACAGUAUUUCCACACGUCGACACUAAACUCGGACCGGUGUUGGACGCGGUGAGGACUGAAAAUGCCAAGAAGAUUCUCCUCAUCAGGCUGCAGGAGCAAUCAUUGCCAGGUAGUCACAUAGAGGACUCGUCUAUACAUAAACAGCUUUUUAAGAUCAACACAUUCACGCUAGGACUUUGCAACAGGGACAAAAAUGAAUCUUUUACCAACAUCUGAAGCUGGAGAUGUGCAGGAUCUGCUUCACGCCUACAGGAGGACUUGAGAGAGGCUGGAAAUUUAUCAUUCUCAUCAAAUAUAUGUCUGUCUUACACCCUUUUUUUUUUUUGCCUCCAUGGCUUCUAUUUUCUGGGUUUUGCUCUUUUUUUAAAUGUGCUUGCUGACAGUGGAGAUUAUUGGUGCAGUUGGUGUCCAGAAGUUACAAAACUGUUGCCAAACUGACCUUAAAAAGUGGUUUUGUUUUCGUGGGAUGUUUUAUUUUCGACCCACUGUACGCUACCAUAGUGGUUCAGUAAGAAUGGAAACCCUGUUUGACACUUUACUCAUUCUAUACUUGCUUAAUAUCAAAGACCGUGUCCUUUCAUUGACACCAUGUGGUGCAGAAAGCGUCACUCUGAUGUGAUUAGUGCUGAUAAGCGGCUGGUUUUCAAGCAGCAGGCAGAAAAUGGGUCCAGACAGCACUCGUUACCCCACUGCUAUGUUUAAUAUAGGUUUAAAUCCAGAGCGUCUUUGAUCACAAUCACGUUAAAAAUGCUGCAUUAGCCUGAGGCGUGUUCUUCAGGUGGACAGGAGCUCACGCUGCUGUUAGCUGGUAAAUUUCUUCACACCAUUCCACGUUUUUUUGUCUUUUUUUGUUUUGUUUUGUUUUUUGUCUUUCAAUCCUGUCGGUGUUUAGCGAGUAUAAUCAAAUCUGAAUGUAGAAGAGAAACGGCAUUAAUGUUGGACUGAAUGUUAGAGAAGUAACAUUUAGGCUGAUCUUAAAGCCAAAGUCUGAAUGUUUUUGCACUGUUGAAGUACUGUAGAGAACGAUGGCGAGUGGAACAUGCUGAACACGCUUUUUGUAGAUGCUUAGAUUUGCUUAUUUAGAAGAGUUUUAGUGCAGUUUUAGUUGUUUUACAGUUCCUGUCCAAAUGGAAACGUGCGCUAGAUGUGAGAAUGUCGACGAAGAGAUAGUAUAAGCUAUGAAGUUUAAGAAAGAGUUCUAUGAGAAGAAAAAGAGAAAACGUUUCUUUACACUGAAAAAAAAAAGAUUUACAUUGUUUUGUGCGUUAUUUGAGCGUGGUGGAUUGUGUUUGAUUUGGAGUGCUGGUUGGAAAUGUGUAUUUUACCUGAAAUAUUUGUGUGUUGUUGAUGUUGAGUUUAGCCGUACAUCCUAACAAAGUCCUCUAACUCAGUAGGAAACUUCAUCUUCUGCUUUGAUUUGCUUUCAGAUAGGAGUUUGUGUGCGUGUGUGAAGUGUUUGAGGUGUUUAACGAGCAGCGAGAUUCGUUGAGAAGACGUAGCGAGAUGUGACUCAUUUGAUCAACUUCAGGUAGACCUCCACUGAAAACUAAGGGCUCCUCCGUUGCAUCUUCUUUUUUCCAGGUCCACUUUACUUCCUGUAAGGCAGGGGUGUCAAACUCAUCUUAGUUCAGGUUCCACAUUCAGCCCAGUUUGAUCUCCAGUGGAUCAGACCAGUAAAAUCACAGCAUAAUAACCUAUAAAUAACCACAACUCCAUUUUUUUCUUUGUUUUACUGCAAAAAAAAGUACAUUCUGAAAUGUUUACAUUUAAGGAAUUUUUUUUAGAAAACAUUAUGAACAACCUGAAAUUUCUCAAGGAAAAUAUUUUCAAUUUCAAAUCAAAAUGACAGAAGUCGUACAAAAAAAGACAAUAAAAAGACAAAAUAUGACAAAAAUGAGAUGCAAAACGACAAAAAGAGACAAAACAAAAAGGAGACAAAAAUUCACACAAAUGAAGACGACAACACAAGCAAGACAAAAAAUCCAAAAGCGCCAUGCAAAACAGCAAAUAAAGCGAAACACAAUGUCAAAAAUAAGACAAAAAACAAGUGAGACAAAAAGUCGGAGAAAAGACAACGAAAACGGGACAAAAUAUUACAAAAACGAGACACAAAACAGCAAAAGCGAGAAACAAAAUGACAAAAAAAAUGAGACAAAUGACAUGAAACAAAACAAAACUGACAAGAAAUUAGACCAAAAAGUUACAAAGCGACAAAAAAAUGAGACAACACAAGUGAGACACAAAAUGACACAAAUUGGCAAAAUCUAGACUAAAACAUAACGAAAACGAGAAACAAAAUGACAAAAACAUGAGACAAACGGUAGACGUCAGACAAAAACAGGACAAAAUGUUACAAAAACGAGACACAAAAUGACAAUGUGAGCAAUAUAAUAUUUUACAUUUUCAGCAAAACAACAUGUCAUGGUCUAGAAGUUAUUUAUAUUUUUACUAAUUUACAAUCUGCAGUUAAUAUAUUCUGUCAUUUUUACACUUUGAGGGCCGGAUUGGACCCCUGAAGGGCCCUUUUUGGCCCACGGGCCGCAUGUUUGACACCCCUGCUCUAAGGCGUUACCUCCUCAGCGUUUUUCCAGUUAAUUAAGAUGCUGAAUAAGUGCGCAUUUUAUGACGUGUGGCUGAGGAUAGUUUACGAUGAAGCCGGUACAGUAGCACUGUCAGCGGGACAGACAGGAGGACAGAUUCACCUACAUGGUGUGUGUUUGCUUUGUUGCCUUUUUGUCUCUCGUCGGACGACUUUCUCUGAGGUUUUUCUUAGAUAUUAAUUUGUUUGAGCGUACAUUCCUGAUAUAACUUCACCCACAGGCUCUCUGUCUCUGCACGUGCUGCUCUGUUCAGUUAGUAAUGUGAUGGUGACGUCUUUGCAGAAACAGGUAGGAGAAAGUUCCAGUCUCUUUAUAAAAACUGAUGCAUGCGUCACUUUUCUGUUGUUUCAUACAAUCAUUGCUGUCGGCCAUCCUAAUUGGAAUCGUAUUGGAAUAAGCAACGCGACGACGAUUUGCGCAAAAGCUGAGAUAACUAAAGAGUUAGAUUACAGCAGAUUGGUGCAGGAAGUAGGGAGGUAGCGUCCUAAUACCAGCUCUGAAGUAUCACAAAAUGAAGUGUAACCAUCAAAAAGACUGGGCUGUGUGCACUCCAGUUAGAGAUCUGUCACUGAUUUGGAUUAUUGUUUUUGUAUGUCAUUUUGCGUUUUCGUUUUAUUAGUUCUGUCACCCUACCUGUAAAUAUUGUAUAUUAAGUUAUUGUUGUUAUUGUGUGUGUAUAUAUCUAUAUAUAUACCGCAGUGCAGGCAUGGAGAGGACAGCCCCACACCACCUACACAUUUCCAAAGACUAGGCCUUCUGCUCGAUCUUCCAUAUUGUCUCUUAUUGUCAAAAAAGCGUUUUAAUGUCGUCAUAUCCAUAGCAGACACACUCUCAGUGUUCUCUUGUGUGAUGUAACCUUUACUGUUUUACUGUUUGGGAGCUGCAUCAUGAAUAAAGUGAAAGGAAAGGUCA